GCUGGGAAAGGAGUGACCGUUUCAGGUGACCCUUCUCAGCUUGAGCCCCCACCCCACCAGACUUUCCUUUGUGGCCUGGACACCGGGGUCAGCAGGUUCCCAGGCUGAGACCUUCACAGAGCCACAGACCGUGGCUCAGGAGAUGGGGAGGAGACGGCAGCCGAGGCCUCUGGGAUGGAGGCGGGGGCCAGGCUGAGCCAUCCACAUUCCUGGGUUCAAAUCCAGAUCCGCUGUGCAUCAGCUCUGUAAUAUGAACAGUUGUCUUCCCCUCCCUGAAGCUCAGUUUACCUCUCUGUUAAAUGGGGGAGGACGCUUUCCUGGUUCACUGUGGGAAGAUGACGUAAAUACCUUUAGCUUACAGUAGGUGCUCAGUAUGGGCAGUGCAAAAUGAUUAUUCUUCGGCAUUUAAAGAAGUCAUUCCUCCACGCUUGGGAUGUCGAUUGUGCAUCCUGGCUGUCACACAGAGGGGACCCGAGGGAACUGGUGCUCAUACGUGGUGACCCGCACCAUCUCGUGCCACGUGCAGAAUGGCACCUACCUGCAGCGCGUGCUGCAGAAUUGCCCCUGGCCCAUGAGCUGCCCUGGGAACAGCUACAGAACCGUGGUGAGACCCACAUACAAGGUGAUGUACAAGAUGGUGACAGCCCGCGAGUGGAGGUGCUGCCCUGGGCACUCGGGGCCGAGCUGCGAGGAAGUUGCAGGCUCCUCUGGCUUCGUGGAGCCCAGGUGGUCGGGCAGUGCCGUGCGGCGGAUGGCACUUCGGCCCACAGCUCUCUCAGGUUGUCUCAACUGCAGCAAAGUGUCGGAGCUGACGGAGCGGCUGAAGGUGCUGGAGGCCAAGGUGGCGGUGCUGACAGUCACCGAGCGGGCAGUGCCCCCGACCCCGGCCGCCCCUGAGGACCCCGCCCCGCUCUGGGGCUACCCAGCUGCCCAAGGCAGCCCUGGGGAUGGAGGCCUCCAAGGGCUACCAGGAACCAGAGAGAACGUGAGGGCCCCUCUGCUCCCCCGAGAUGAUCGAGUUGGUGCCCGGGGGCUUCCUGGGCCCACUGGUCCCAAGGGAGACCCUGGCAGCCGGGGCCCGAUGGGGAUGAGAGGCCCACCAGGUCUGCAGGGCCCCCCUGGGAGCCCUGGCCAGCCUGGAGCUGUGGGCACCCCUGGAGAGAGGGGACCUCCAGGCCCCCCAGGGCCUCCUGGCCCCCCUGGCCCCCCAGCCCCGGUUGGACCACCCUAUGCCCGGAUCUCCCAGCAUGGGGACCCAUUUCUGUCUAAUACCUUCACCGAGACCAGCAGCCACUGGCCCCAGGGACCAGCUGGGCCCCCAGGUCCCUCAGGGCCCAUGGGUCCUCCUGGACCUCCUGGUCCCAUGGGCAUCCCUGGGAGUCCUGGACAUAUGGGACCCCCAGGCCCCACUGGACCCAAAGGAAUCUCCGGCCACCCAGGAGAGAAAGGCGAGAGAGGACUGCGUGGGGAGCCCGGCCCCCAGGGCUCCACGGGGCAGCGGGGAGAACCUGGCCCCAAAGGAGACCCUGGUGAGAAGAGCCACUGGGGGGAGGGGUUGCACCAGCUACGCGAGGCUUUGAAGAUUUUAGCUGAGAGGGUUUUAAUCUUGGAAACAAUGAUUGGGCUCUAUGAACCAGAGGGGUCGGGGUCAGACCCUGCCGGCGCGGGAACCCCCAACCUCCUGCGGGGCAAGAGGGGAGGACACACCGCCAACUACCGGAUCGUGGCCCCCAGAAGCCGAAACGAGAGAGACUGAGGGUGGUGGCGGCCCCUCGGGGAGGGCCAGGCCAGGCUUCCCUUCCCAGCCUCGGCUUGGCUAGCUGCCUCCAGGGUCCGCCCAUCUGUAUUUAUUCAUAUCCUCAGGGUCCCUUCUGCUACCUAGGCCUUUGGGGUGGGCAGGUC